GUGUCACAGAGUACAAAGCAAAAUGGCGGAACACACCAAACUGAUACAAAUUUACUGUGCAGUUGUUUUGUUUACAGUUCUCAAGAAAGUUGAAGCUUCCUGCUAUUACUAUUACGAUGGUUAUGAUUACAGCCGAUACUGCUACUACAAUCCAUAUUUGGUAAUAUUUGGUUCUUCCUAUGGAGCUGUGAUCGGACUCGGCAUUCUUGUAAGUCUUGUCGUCUGCUUCUGUUGUAUUCAUAAGAAAAAUAGACAAUGGAUCCAGGGCGGCGUUAUUGUUCCAAGAGUUCAAGGAACAAAUAACCCUCUUAUGUAUCCGCCUGGAAAUCAACAGAUCCCUCAUCCUACAACAGCUGGUGCACAGGGCAUUCAAACCCCUUAUAUUAUGAUGGGACCCAUGCAUUAUGGAGGUUCACAGGGACUGCAUGGUGUCCAACCAACAGUGAAUUUACAAACUAAUUCUAGUACCGGCGAAAAUCCGUCAGCAGACGUCCAGCAAGAUAGCAAAUGACUAGCAAGUGUUCUGUUUAGACUAUAAAAAAUGAUCAAAAUAAUGUUUUUUUUACAAACAUUUUGAUUGGAAAAGUAUACAUUUUUAUGUUGGAA